AAACAGAAGGAAAAGAGCAAGGGAUAUGGAAAAGUGGGGAUAUUCAAGAAGGUGCAGGCUUUGAAUGAUAGAAAAAAGUUCCGAAAAUACCCUUCCUCAAAAGCAUAUACACCUCUUGUUUCAUCCAGGGUUAUAAUCGUCUAAUCGGCCGACCAGCUGGUCAACAGAAAAUACACAUCUGAUGACAUGUGUUACGUAAGGCUUCUGUAACGACGUUCAAAUUAUUUUUAUUUAAAAUAAAUAAUGUAGCCCGACGAGCGUAAUCCCACGAGAUUGCUUUUAAGUGCUACCUUGAGCUAAAGAUUUAGUCCUAAAUUAUCUCAGCUUUAGUUUAUUCACCAAAUCUAAAACCGAUGAAGGGACAUACAACUCUUCGGACACACUUUAAACUGUGUUAUGUCCUAAUAAGCAUGCUUUUUAUUCAUUAAAAUAUAAUCAGAAAUGUGAUCAGGUGAUGGAGAAUAUGAAUAUUUUUUUAGGAUUUUUAUUAUUUUAUUGUAGAUUAGUACCUAUGAGUUUCAAAACAAGUUGUUUGUGCUGACAACAAUAAUAUUCUAAUUUGACCUUUUUCUUUUUUGGGAGGAGUGGUUGGUCAAACAUGAGAAACAAGAAGGCGAAUUCGCAGAUAAGAAAAGGCAGACGCAUGCAUGGAAGCUAAAGUUGCAUGUGACGACCAACUUUGUCAAACUCUCUACCUUUUUCAGGCUUUUCGUAAACUUAUCAAACAUUUGCGAUCUAAAACAAUAUGAGCUAUACAGUUUUUCUCCAAAGGAACUUACUACUUUAAAUUUAUCAUUUAUAAAUAUAGAGAUGCUAGCAUGAACGCAUGCCAUGCCAAUUUGUAAAUUUCCAUACAUCAAGAACACUCUACAUUCUGAUGGUAGCAAGUAAACACUGGUUGGAACUAUAUCACAAUGAAUAGUGACUUCUUUUUAAACAACUUAUUCCAAGCAUAUUGAUGACUCCUUUAUUUCCUUUUUAAUACAAAUUGCCAAUUUUAUUAUAUCCCCAUUGGUCUAAGAUAAAUGAUUAUACGAAAUUCUAUUCUGAUUACAUAUUCCAAGUUCCAACUCAUGUGUGUGUAUAUAUAUGCCUAGCUAUGUUAGUGGGAUCAAUGCUCUAAUUGGAUUACAUUCCAAACAAAAUAUUCCUCCUCCCUUAUGAUCGUUUGAUAAUGAUAUUAUAUGUAUAGGUUGUUUAUAGAGGUUGAUUAGAGGAUUUGAGCAUAAAGCAAAAAUGGAAUAUAAUGGAUAACCACCGGCCAUAUCUAAACAUUCGACCUCAUCUCAACGUUACGGCUUGCCCAUAUAAUGUUGGCAGCAUCAAAGUUCUAAUUCGGCGUGACAAGAAGGAUAUAUAUCUCUUACAAAUUCCUUUAUUCUUUCUAUUUAACUGAAAAUUAUAUAAAAGAAAUAUUCGACUUUUACACUGCAGAGCAAAAUUUGAAAAACAUUAUGUAAACAUUAAAAAUAUUACAAUAUCCCGAAAGCUAACAACCACGGCUAUCAAAUCAAUUACUUUGUUAUCAUUUGGCAUUUAAAUUAAAUAAAAGAUAUAGAAACUCACCCUCUAUAAAUAGCAUGCAUGCCUCUUGUUCUAUCUCCAUUCCAACCUACUCACACACACUCUCUAUCUCUCUAACUCAGAAACACAAAAUGCAAUACAGAACCGAAACCCGUGGCUCGUUGUCCUACAACAAGGUGAACAACAUGGGAGUGUUUCCGUCGGACAGUCUCGUUAGGAUAGAGUCCAUGGCUGCAGAAAGUGCGGUGGUUAUAUUCAGCGUGAGCACUUGCUGCAUGUGCCACGCCGUCAAGGGUCUCUUCCGCGGAAUGGGAGUCAGCCCCGCCGUCCACGAGCUGGACCUCCACCCUUACGGCGUCGAUAUCCACCGAGCUCUCCUUCGUCUCCUCGGCUGUUCCAGCGGCGCUUCCACUUCUCCGGGGGGACUUCCAGUGGUAUUCAUCGGUGGGAAGAUGGUGGGGUCAAUGGAGAGAGUGAUGGCUUCUCAUAUCAACGGCUCCCUCGUCCCUCUUCUCAAAGAUGCUGGUGCUCUUUGGCUCUAAUCCCAAAGUCCACCUUCUACGGUUUUUUUUUCUCUUUUCGUGUUCUUGUUUCUUUACUUUCUUGGUUUCAAGAACAAAAAAAAAAAGAUUAGGUUAAUCAUAGUGUCGAAUUAGAGACAGUGAGGGGUGAAGUGCGUUUGUAUUAAGCAUAGCUCCUUGUCCAUCUUAAUCACACUAUAAUAUAUAAAUUAAGAUAGCUUAUCUCACGUUUUACAAGUUUGACUGUUAAAAAUAGCAAAAUUUGUGGUCAAAUUAAGACAAGAGCAAGGUUAUUUUCAU